AUGGUGGACUACUACAAUGCAACGGGAGGGAGGUGGGAGCCGCUGCUCGAGCGAGUCGUGGCCCAGGGAGACAGGGCGAUCGUCACUCGCCGCCGUGUUGCUGCUCAGGACCCCAACACCGUUACCGGGGUCGUGGGUGGGGGGCAGGGCGAGGAGGGGGAGGGGGAAGGGGAAUCGUGCUCAGUGGUUAGGCUGUCGUGCUUCGAGGAGGACGUCAAGCCGCAGCCGCAGCGGUACUCACCGUUCUUGCUGCAGAACAGAACCGGCCUGAAGCUGGAGUUCUGGGCACACCAGGACAAGGUCGACAGUGUGUCUCGAUUCGGAAAACGGGGCACCGUGGUGGGGGGCAUGUCGGACCAGCCCUUCAGUACCUCCAGCACGACGGAGGGGCAGUCGCAGCAGCCUGGGAGAAGGAACAGGCGCCACGCAUCGUGGUUGCUGUCUGUCCGCCUGGUCACCGCCCAGAGUCCGUCUGAUGUGCAGCAGACGGGUGCCGACGACCCACCAGGGGUUUCGGGGGUUGGAGGCGACGACGACGAGGGGCAGCGGUUCUUAAACCUCCCCCUCACCGAGGCGGGACGUAGCUUCUUGCAGUGCUUGCUUGUCAUGGAAGGCGUGCCCGGACGAGAAGCGGCCGGGGACAGGGGACAGUCGCCGAGACGGCUCAGCAGGUGUGACGCGAUAUGGGAGGUUUGCCUGGAGAACGGUCGCCACACGGUGACCCUGCGGUCGGCGCUCGAAGUCGUGAACAAGUGCGGGUCCUGGCUGGAAGUUCGGUGCUCCACGGAUUCGUUUGCCGCCGGCAGGGGGGACGGGGACAAGGCGAAAGAGGAGGUCGUGGGAGCGGUUGCUCCCGGGGGCCGUCUGCCCUUACCGCUGAGGUGGAGCCGUGCGGAAGACAUCAGGCUGCGCCCGUGGCCGCGGAGCCAGGGCGGCGGGUUCGGGGACGGCAGGCGCUCUUCUUCACCCUCUAACAAUAGCAUGCCCAAGAAAGUCGUGGAAGUUCACCAUCUAGCGGGGGAAUCGGGGGAUCAGGGAGAGAGAUCGUACGAGUACAGCGACUGCUCGGUGCUGGUGCCGGCGGCAAGGGCUGGAGAAGGCGAGCUCGGGGCCACGACGGCGGUCAUCCCCUGGGUGGCAUGCAAUCCCUCCCAACCUUCCACCAACUCCCCCGCCGAUGGUGACACAACCGCAUGCCGCAAGCCCCUCUUCCUGUUCCUUGAGGGGCUCGACGCGAACGAUCCGGAGGGGGGGGGACACGGCGCCGCCAUCCCCGGAGGAGGAAGCCGCCGGAAAGCCUCAUCCGACCCCUGGUCGAAAACCAGGCGCACAAGUCGAGACGGUGGCGGUAGAAGCAACAGCAGGGUGGUGGCAAACGCGACACUUCAUGGCCGACAGCGGCAGCGCCCCGACGCUUCGUUUCCUACCCGAGUGGUUGACUCCCCCCGCUCGGCCGGAAACCCGAUGGCGGCGUUGUCCUUGCGGCCCCUGGAGGUGGUGGUGUACGCCUCCCUCAGCUUUCGAAACCUCCUGCCCGUCGGCGUUGGGUGGAGGGUAGCCGGCGCGAGGGGUGACGCGGGUGCGAGGCUGGCGGAGGGGUGGUUGACGCCCGGGGACGGGGUCCACGUGCUGGAGGCGAACGCGAUGGCCAUGGCACCUUCGCUGUCGUUCAAGGUCGCCGGGUUCGACUGGACUCCCCCUCACCAGGUGGCCGUUGCUGAGCUCAUGCGUCCGACAAGGGCAGGUUCCACCGACUCCGACGGCGGCGGCAGCAGCAGCAGUAGCAGCAGCAGCCGGGGCCGGGAACCUCCCGGCGGCGGCGUUCCGACGACCAGCGAACACGUGCCGGGGAUAAGCCUGCAGAGCGUCCCCUGCCGCAACAUGAGCAACCAGAUACUGUACCUCAGCGUCGAGGCGGCUUCUGUCCGGAUGAAUUCGGUGCUCGUGACGGUCUUCUCUGGCUUCUGGGUGCGCAACCUCAGCGGCCUACCCCUUACGCUAGGAGAACCCGUUUCUCGGGGUCUCUCGCCUCUAGAGCUGCACGAGGAGAGGCUGGCCGACAGCGCGGCUAGGGACAAGAUGCGAAGGUACAGUCCUUCCCCUCCUAGGCAAUCCUCGUGGGACGUCCAUUUGUCGGCGGUGCAGUCCGACCAGCACGGCAUGACCGAGGAGGUUUUCGAGCUGAGGCUGGCGCGCAGGGGCCAGGAGGGGAUGGAUUCGUACGACACCCGGUGGAUCACCGCGCAAGGGAACCCGCGGUCGCCCUGCACACAGGUGCGGCUUCCGAGCGACCUGUGGCGGUGGGAUGGCGAGUGGACCAUGGAUGUUUCCGGUGCCGUGGCUCCAAACGCUCCCGGGACAGGCGGAGGGGGCUGGGAAAGCUGCCCUCGAAAAUUGAAAGGGGCGAGCUACAGCAACAGCAGCUUCUCGUCCUCUCGGGCCUUCACGCUCUCCGACCCCGUCUGGCGUCGGAGGGGAACGAGGAGACCCGUGUCUCGCCAUCGACUAUCGCGGGCAAGCCCGUGGGGGAAGGCACCUCGAUCAUUUAUCAGCCAUCGGCAGGCGUGGUCAGCAAGAUCGGGGUCCCAACAGCUGAGACCCCCCGAGCGGUCCGGGGGGGUGCGGGGCGCGCGAGCCGGCCCGGAGCAGGACUAUGUGUGCGGGUGGACGAUUCUGCCUGGUCGCGGCCGCUCAACAUCGCGGUGCAGGGGGCGGGGGGACCGUUUCAGGUACACGGUGAUGAACAAGUGCGACUGCGUGCUGGUUGUGAGGCAGUACGGCAGUAACGUCACCAUGGAGCUCGGGCCCGGGGAAUCGCGCCCCCUCCACUGGGCAGACGGAAGCCUGGAAGCCACUCUGUCGGUCAGCGUGAUCUCCCGGGGGACGACCGCGGCGGCAGCUGGGAGUUCUCCGGAGAUGUCGCCAACGACGGCGGCACUGAUGGACUGGAGCGGACCCGUGGGCAUCGGGAACAUCGGCACUUUCCCCAUCUGCAUUCGCCCCAAACCGGGCGGUGCUGCCCUCCCGGUCGACUCCCACGUGGCGACGCCGCCCGAGUCUAGGGCCUCAUCUCCGUCGAGUAGGGCCGGGAGCAGCGGUUGGUCUACCCCGGUCUCGUCGCCGCAUCGAGGGGGGGUGGAACCGAUGCCGAUGGUCGGUGCCAACCGCGUCCUCGGGGUGGAGGUCAAUAUCGGCAGGCACUCCGACGGCGGAGGUGACGGUUCAGAGCGACCAGUCGAUGGCAAGGACGGACCAAGCGGUGGCGGUCAGGGCUUCCGAUCUUCCGCCGUUCAGGUCAUCUUCCAGGAAGAGGCGUGGGGGACAGGGGACAGGUUCCCCACGUACCGCCUCGAGAACCACACCAACUCCAGGAUUUUCUACGGCCAGGCGUCUGUCCCCGGGCCAGGGGACGCCCUCCCCCCCGGGCGGUCAUGCCUCUUCGGAUGGGACCACCCCUGUCCCGUGGAGGAGAGAGUGCAGGGGGUGCUCAACCUCAGCCUGGUCCUGGCCGCGGAGCCCCUCAGCUCCCCGGAGGGGAAACGCCAGGCCAAGACCCUGAACAUCCGAAAGCUCGGGGAGAGAACUUCGCUGGUGACGUCUAGGGGGAGGGUGGAAGUCGUCGUGGAGCCGGACGGCCCGAGCAAGCUGGUCCGCAUGUACAAGAGCAAGGCGUUCUCGAUUAUGUCCCCGCCCACCAGGACAAGAGCCAGGCCCCCGCAGCCCGUUCAGUCUACCGUAGAGCGGGCGAGGACCUCCCCUCGUGCCCACAGCGCUAGCGCCGGCGGCGGCAACAGCGGCGCCGAGAUCGUAGGGCCACCGAGACCCUUGCGGCGGUCCGUCGAUCUCCGGGGCAAGAAGCGGACGGCCAACGCAGAAGAAGAGACUUCCGCAAGUGUGGCAGCAGAAGGCCGAGGCACGGCGUACAAGUAA